UUUUCGUACAUUUCAGCAGGUGGGUUCUCAGCUAUCUGGCCAGUGUGUGUUCAAACGUCCAGCGGAGCGGUUAGACUAAAGAUCCAGUCAAGAAAAAACAAAACAAAAAGGGCAAUUUCUAUUUGGAGGAUUGGGAAUUGCUGGUUUUGUACUGACGACAAAAGUACAAAAAGGUUGAACGAGGUUCCAGCCGGGGGUAUAUCCAUCGGCUUUUGUUUGUAUUGUUAAUCACGUGAGCGGGAAGGUGGUGAGCAUCAGAGCGUCUGCUUUGCUGCCCACGUCCAUUCCGCCAAAGAGAAAUCCUAUACGAAAAUUGCUUGUUUCAUGGCAAUCUGGCAGAGAAUGCGCAACGUAUUCGGCUGCGAUGAGCUUAGCAAGAACCGCGACAUCUGGCGGAUGCUCAUGGCCGAGUUCGUCGGCCCACUCUUUCUCGUCCUCAUCGGAUGUGCUUCCUGCGUCGAAGGAUGGAACGACCAGUACUCACCGCACAUCGUCCAGGUCGCUCUCUCCUUUGGCGUCACCAUCGCCACAAUGGCGCAGGCCUUGGGUCAUGUGAGUGGAGGCCAUUUCAACCCAGCCGUGACGGUGGCCUGUCUUGUGACGGGCAAGAUUUCUAUCGUCAAGUCCAUCUUCUACAUCUUGGCACAGUGCUUAGGCGCCAUAUGUGGAGCUGCUCUUUUGCAGGCAUUGACUCCGACCGAGUUCCACAACACACUGGGCGUGACGGAGAUUCACAAAGCCCUGACUCCGACGCAAGGUUUCGGUGUGGAAUUCUUCUCUACGUUCACGCUCGUCCUCGUCGUCUUUGGUGUCUGCGAUAGCAAUCGCAAAGACGUCAAAGGAUCGGCACCAUUGGCCAUCGGCCUCUGCAUCGCCACCGCCAUUUUGGCCACCGGAAACUACACGGGUGGUAGUUUGAAUCCGGCUCGAUCCCUCGGUCCGGCAGUCAUCAGCAACAAGUGGAGUUAUCAUUGGGUUUACUGGGCAGGACCAAUCAUCGGUGGUGUGGUGGCCGCCCUUCUCUACCAGAAGGUUUUUAAAGCCCGUUCGGUCGAAGAAGAAAUCGAAUUGGAAUCUUACCAGUACCAUGUGGCCAAUUCAAAGGAGAGCGAAAUUAUCGCUGAUCGAACCACGACCAUCUAAACAUUUAAAAAAACGCCUUAAUCAGCUACAAGAAAAAGAGAAUAAGAAUCUAAAAUUAAAGCUGAAAAAUGAAGCAAAAACAAAACAAACAUUCCUUUUUCACGAAUAAUAUAACUUGGAUUUCACACCUGCUGCUAUGAAUCGUUAGUCGUGUUCUUUUCUUUUUCCGGAGCUAUUCCGGCUAUUUGCCUCCCCCCCCCCCCUUUUUUUUGUGCUCGUUUUUAAUUUUAUUUCGUGAUCGCCUUCAAAUUUCAACGAGAAUUCUUAUUUGAUAGGGUUUUUGCUAUAUUAGAACAAUUGGGGUUUUUUUAAAAACCACUUUGAUCAUCUCCAGAGCAGGGUCGUACAGUCCUUUCAUUUGAUUUUUUUCCAUUUAAAUUCAUUUCCCCACCUCUUUGGUGGUCCAUUUUAUGUAUACCGGAAGACCCGGCAUCCAUCUUUUUUACUUUUUUUUUUAAAUUUCAUUCCUUUGAAUUCAACCACAAAGUAUUUGUUUAGGUAUACAAACGACAUCAAAAAUGUGUUUCUUUCGAUUUUAGUUGGCCGGUUUUUUUUUUCUGGACGGUUAGUUUUUUUUUGUCACGCACAUGAUUUUCGACAACGGCUUUUUUAAUUUUUAUUGAAAAAAAAAACAACAAAAUCGAAAGCAGGGAAUAGAUAAGAUAUCAAACAUGCAAUAUGGCGUCAUUGCAUAUCUCUAUAUUAUAUACCACCUUUCGUUACGUCUUGCACUUGAGCUAUAUCUAACCUAUUUUUCUAUAUCGCUCUGUGUCAUCGUUUUUGUUUCCUAUCUCUGCCGACAUUUUAAGCUUUUUUUAUUUUUUUUCAAAGUUUUCCACUCUCGUUUGAAUGAUUUGUUCGCUGUUCGGAUUAAUCUUACACGAGCCGCAAAAAAGCCCGUCGUUUUAUAGAAUCGCAUUUAAAUCUAUCCAGCUCAUUGUUGUUUGUGUGUGUGUCCUAGAAAAAACAAAAACAAGAGAAAGAAACUCCCCGAUCGAAAAUCGAGAUGUACAACCAAACCCCCUUUCUUUUUUAUAUAGUUUGUCGCGUCAUUUUCGUGUACGAUUCUAUAUACGCAGCUACGUAAACGAUUUAGCCUUUUCGUUUCUGUUUCGUUUGUUUGUUUUUUUUACCUGCGCAAAUCACAAAUGGUUUGUUUUUCAUGUAUUUUUGGCUGUCAUUUUGUUUUUAUCCGUGUUUGAUUCACUCUGAUGUGUGUGUCCUGUAUCUCCCCUCGGUUUCUGUGUAAUACUUUAGCAACGCUCUUUGUAGGUGGAUUUGCGUCAGACCGUGAUGCAACUCACAUGAAAACAUUUGUUAAAGGCAAGGCCCCCGUCAUGCAGCUGAAACUAUCCCUGUUUUGUUUUUCCGUUUUUUCUGUAAAUUAUUUUAACCUUUUAUUUGAAAACCAACAACAACAAAAAUCGGUUUGGAAGGUAAAUAUAUUGUAGGCGCUCUGGUUCAACACCCAUAA